AUUUUCCCUACAGCAAAUACUGAGUUUUGGUUCGACUGACUACGAGUACUAUGAAGUGCCAACAGUAUCUGAAGAUGAAAACUUUGACUGGAUCUACGAUUAUAUGGACACAACCGACACCUGUUCUCCAAACCCAUGUCACAACAACGGGAAGUGUGAACCUGUCGGGGACUCCUUUACAUGCUCCUGCCCGGUGCCCUUCAAGGGCAAGAAAUGUCAGAAAGUUCAUGACUUUUGCAGGAACAUCAGGUGUGGGUUCGGCGAGUGCGUCAUUACCGUAAAGGCUCCUUACUACGAAUGCAAGUGCACACCACCUUACCAGCCUCCCACGUGCAGAAGGGCAAUCCCCUGCAAUCCCAGCCCUUGUCAGAAUGGUGGGAGCUGCGUUCCAGGGCUGACUCGAUCCACGUUCCGGUGCGAAUGUCCCUCUGACUAUACUGGAAAGUACUGCCAAGUUGCUGUGCAAGACUGUUAUGAAGACAAUGGCACAACUUACGAGGGUACGGAGAGUGAGACAGAGGAAGGGGAGGAUUGCCUUUCCUGGAACUCUCACUUUGUCCUGGAUAAGGCUGCUAGCGCCAUCACCGAAUACCAGGAGGAUUCGAGGCUUGGCGAGCACAACUACUGCCGGAACCCAGAUGGAGACUCCAGACCUUGGUGUUUCGUUAAAAGACGGGACAAGCUUGGCUGGGGCUACUGCAAAGUGAAACAAUGCUCAGAAUCAGGAAGUGGCGAAGUGCCCCCGACACCCCCGACCCCGAGCGAAGUAACGAGCCGGCCAGUGGACCCAGAAAAACCGGAACCCUCGACGCCCACAGAUUUCUCCACCUGUGGGAAGCCCCAACCCACCCGCUCUACCGCCAGGAUCUACGGUGGCAAGAAGGUCAUCCCUGGGGCCCACCCCUGGCAGGUCUCCCUCCAGGUGCAGCCACCAGGCUUUCAAACUACCUUCUCUCACAUAUGUGGAGGGACACUAAUCAAGCCCUGUUGGGUUCUGACUGCAGCCCACUGUAUUUCUAAUCCCGGAGCACCAAUGAGGGUUGUCCUGGGCAAGGUUGAUCUAUGGAAAGACGAUUUAUACACCCAAAUUGUGGACGUUGAACGGGCUAUAGUUCAUGAACACUACAGAGAAACACCAAUUUCCCUCCACAAUGACGUUGCCCUGCUGAAGUUGAAAUCGGUUGAUGGCAAGUGUACUCGUGAAUCAAAGUUUGUGAAGACGGCGUGCCUGGCCACUGAAAAGCUCCCGGACGGAACACAGUGUACCAUCACUGGAUGGGGUGCCACACCAACAUCAACCUACUCCAGGCAGCUGCUGGAUGCCAAUGUCCUCCUGAUCUCCCAGCAGCGCUGCUCAGCUGACUCCUCUUACGGAGGCAGGCUGGACGACAGCAUGUUCUGUGCUGGAUUCAUGGGAGGAGGAACGGACGCUUGCCAGGGAGACUCUGGCGGCCCGCUGGUGUGUAAAAAAAAUGAGACUCAUUUCCUUUAUGGGGUGGUCAGCUGGGGAGACAGCUGUGGAAAGAAGAACAAACCGGGCGUCUAUGCCAGUGUGACCAAGUUCAUCGACUGGGUCAACACUAAUACGCAGGCUUAAACCCGGGAGACCGUGUGCGUGUGACUGUCCGUUGCACGGUGAGCAAUGAGUAUGUGACAAUGGAUAUGUGUGUGAUUGAAACCCCACGUGUGACCAUAUGCUUGCCUGUGCUCUUUGUAAAUCUUAGGUUGUUGACCAUGAGUACAUUGUUGCUUUUCCACCAUAGUUGACAGUAAAGACCAGACUAAAGAGUGCUUCAACAGUUUUUAUUCUUAAAGAUCAUGGCCUACCCUACCCUGGCUACUGCACAGGUAGAUUUUCACAAGGCUGAACCUGUCAGUCAAAUAGUCAGUAACCUGUAUAAUUUCAUUACCUGGCCUUUGGCUCUGAUGGUCCAAAAGUGGACCACCGUUCAUAAGCCCAGGAUCAGAUGAUGGUCCAUAACUGGAGCUUAAAAUGAAAAUAAACAUGCUUCUGAAUUA